AUACGCCAAUAUUGCGUUAUAGGGGGCCCCUCCAAGUCAUUUAUGUAUAUAGUUUACUGACAAAAAAGGACACUGUAGAAAAGUAAUGUCGAGCACGAAUGAAAGUGAAAUUAGCGUGUGGUGGUAGGCAGUUCUCGGCCCGUUUACUUUUCACCUGGGCGUUGUCUCAUCGAGAACGAAUAUCGCUCUCCGUUUCAGUUCGCGAUCAUGGGUGACAAUUCUAUGAGGUUAGAAAACUAUGAAAUGCUUAAGGCCCUCUACGAUUUCAAGGCCACGUUCGCAAAAACCCUUAGCUUCCAAGAGGGUGACUAUUUUAUUUUGUAUCAAACUAAUACCAAACAGAAGAAUUGGUGGCAGGUGGUCGACAGAGAUGGACUCAUCGGAUACAUACCCUCCAAUUAUGUCACUACUGUGAAGGUACCGUCUCAAACGUUGAUUGAAUUUUUGGAGGACUGUAUCGAGAACGUUAAGGUAGAGAGUAAAAAGCAGACUGGAUCGUUGCAGCUGGACAAGCAGGAUCUUCUUCUGAGGUUAAUAGAAAAGAAGAGGCAGGCAGAGGCAAAUAAAAAAACUAAGAAACAAGCUCCCAUGCCACCAGAUUUUGGAAACACCACGCCUAGCAAAGAAAUAUGUUCGUCUGUUUAUAAUGUGCAAGAAGGGGAUGUUAAUUCUGCUCAGAGUAACACGUCUUACAUGACUGCUCAAACAACGCUGCAUACUAAUACUGAAAAAGAAGAGGCACCCGUUAUUCCGCAGUGUCGGCGUACCUCUGUAAGUGAUCAGAGAAUACAGUCUUUACCGCGUCAAUCGUCCUCGGAGGCUCAGAAAGUUCAGGCCGAAGUUCUUAAGAGUCCUUCUCACAGCAGCGCGCGACAAACUCCCAAUAGCUCGCCUAUAAAGAACAAAGCUUCGACUUGCGACAUUAAUUCCCAUACAGCUUAUCAACUACUGGACCAAGUACGUAGAAGUACCCAGUUAAGCUAUGAAAUGUCUAAAGUAGCAGUCACUGUAGUGGUUUCUGGACUUCAAGAAUUAUUGCCGAAAAACGUAGGCCAUUAUUUUGACAAACUGUUGCGCCAAUUAGAAAUGCCGUUCACGGUAUCGCAAAUGAGUAUAGAGGAAACGUAUGAUGCGAACAGAUUGAAAGUAAUUUUCAUAGAGCUCACUUCUUGCAAGGAAGAUUCACAACAAAGAAACUGGAUGGUUUAUGAGGACGAAUCUAUUAUAGUCGAUUAUAUAAAAGAACUUACCUCGAUAUUGACAAACGCGGAUGCAAAUGUAUCUAGGUAUAUUUUGCAACAAGAUCAAUACAAUGGGGUUAAUGUAUUAAUAGAGUAUUAUCAGAUGGAGCCAAGAUGGACUAUUAGGCAAUUGCUGUUACAGUCGUUCGGAGUAAUGUGUAGCUUGGAUUCUGUGAUCUUGACCAUAAUGUUAAACAGCGUAUUGCCUAUGGAACUAGCAAGAGACAUGAGGAGUAAUCCUAGAAACGUGACAAAGUUAAAUUAUUCCUCGUUGUUGCUUACUAUGAUUUUUUCAAUGGGCGAACCUAUGCCAGUUACUCAUUUGGAGCAACUAGGGCCGGACUUCGUAGAGUUCAUUUUGGAUUUAAUAGAGAAUCCGCCCGAUAUGGAUUUAGAGGAUCAGAUUCCCGACUUGUUCGUGAAUUUGAUAUUGUCCUACAAUUUACAGUUCACGAAUUCGGAGAAUAUAGUUUUGGACGCUUUGAAGGAAAAAACGGUGGCAAAGACAUUUACCGAGAAAAUUUUGCUUCUAUUCAACAGAGAAGAGGAUCCUGUGCGAAUAUUCGAUCACGUUCCACCGCCGCCGCAUUCCAUAUUGAAACUAUUUAUUGACCUGUUCAGUAACGAUAUCACAGCGGGUCUCUUUUAUACCAACGACGUGAAGGUUCUAAUCGAUAUUAUAUUGCGGCAGUUGUACGACAUGUUUCCCGGCGACAAGCGCAGGCAAUAUCUGGAGUUGUGUCGAAGGGUGAUUCGCACUUCCAGUUAUAACGAGCACAAAUAUCGUUCGGAAGAUUUAUUGAAAUGCUUCACGAGAAUAUUUUGCGAGGAAACCGGAGAAAGCCAAGAAGACCAGCAGUCCGUACGCGAGAUUAGCAACGAAUUUCCACAUUUAUUCAAAAUGUGACAUUUAUUUUCGCCCUCCGAUAACAAAGACUUGGAGGAGGACGAUUUGCAGACUCUUGUGUAAACCAAGACCCUGGUACGUACGCAAACCGAAGAAGCGACAAAGAACAAGUUACCGAUCAGAAAUCUUCUUUAUUUUUCUAACUUCUAUUUUGCAUAUAUUUUGCUCAGCUAAUGUAAUUAUGGUAAACGCACACGAUCCGCAGAACCUUUAAACGCAUGAAGAUUAUAUUUUUCCCCAUUUUAAUCUUUAUAGCGCUACACUUUAAGUAAGAAUAAGUAGUACUACUUACUCUUCAAAUAGUACUAUAGGUACUAAAGUAGUACUUCGAGUAGUACUUGUACGUUUAAAUCUAAGUAGUUACUACUUAUUCCAGAUAAAAUGGAAACUACGAAUACAUUGAUAGACCAGCGUUUAAAAAAUUAUUGUACAUAUGUAAGCGAGAAACUUUUAUCUCAUUCUAAGUAUGAGGACCAUCAAAGCACGUUGAGUCAUUCCAAUUUCUUUAAUAGGUAAACCGAAUUAGCUGUUAAUGGAAUCAGUAGAUCGACUACACGGAUCAAAUUGCAGAGUAAAGUUUUGUUCCGAUACGAUAUUUAAAAAUGAAUUCGAACACGUAAAAGUUCUCUGUAACA